CCUAAUUAACAACCUAAACAGCGUCUCACUACAUCUACAGUGACAUACGCAGACAUAAGGAGUAUAUCGUACGAAGUAUGAAGUCACGUCGUACGGUAUGUAGCGCGACAAGCAUAGUGGGGAACUGAUUGAUGUGGGGCAAGAGUGGGGGAUGUACGAGCUAUUCGUUUAAUCUCAUUGCGUGUACGAUCCUCCGUCUUAUAGACAUAACUACUCGGUGUCGACGCCCGUUUUGUCCUUGCUCCCUCUCAAAUCCUAUCUUCACUACAGUAUUUCAGCGUCAUUGAACUAGACCAAUCACCGGACAAAUAACAAUGUCCACACCAGCCACAAUCCGCGUCGCAGUAACGCAAGCCGAGCCAGCAUGGUUCGAUCUCCAAGGCACAGUAGAAAAAACCAUUAAACUUAUCGGAGAAGCUGCGGAGGGAGGGGCAAAGCUCAUUGCAUUUCCUGAGAUUUGGAUUCCUGGGUACCCUCUCUGGAUUUGGUCCCGCUCCAUGGAUCCAGAGCUGCACACUCGAUAUAUCCUCAAUUCUCUUAAAGUGGAUUCACCGGAGAUGGAGAGGAUCAAGGAUGCUGCUAAGGAACACAGUAUCUGUGUAGUCCUAGGGUUUGCGGAGAGGUCGGAGUCGGAUAGUUUGUACAUUGGCCAAGCCAUUAUCGCGCCAGACGGACAUAUUGCGAUGAAGAGAAGAAAACUCAAGCCUACACACAUGGAACGCACCAUCUUCGGUGAUGGCGCCGGCCCCGAUCUCUCCAACGUCGCGGACGUCGAUUUCGGUCCAUCGAUUGGUCCCAUCAAGGUCGGUGUACUAGCAUGCUGGGAACAUAUGCAACCACUACUAAAAUACCACACUUUUUCCCAACAUGAAGCCAUCCACGUCGCCAUGUGGCCUCCGAUCUAUCCACACGGUGGCGUAGACGAUCCAGUUCUCUACAGUAUGUCAGCACCGGGAUGUCUGAACCUCUCGCAAGCGUAUGCCAUUGAAGGUGGCACAUUUGUGCUGCACACUACCGCUGUGUGCGGACCGCAGGGCGUUGAUGUUUGCCGUGCUAAGAAGGGUGGCAUGUUUAGUGCAUCUGGUGGUGGGAAUAGCGCGAUCUUAGGGCCAGAUGGAAGAAGAUUGACAGAGGAUCUGGAUGAGGGAGGGGAGAAGGAAGGGCUGGUGUUUGGUGAGUUGGAGAUGGUGAAGAAAGUUGGGGUGAAGGGGUUUAUGGAUCCUUUGGGGCACUAUAGCAAGCCGGAGUUGCUUUGGCUUGGGGUGAAUAAAGGAGAGAAAUUGUGCGUGGUGCAAGAUAAGGAUUGA